CGUCCUGGAGACAGUGUAAGGUCGGGCGAGGCGUUUCCAGUCGCCCCGUCUGUCUCUGGCGCGGCUGCCAAAUCUCUGCGCUGAACAGGAACGGCGGAAGAGGGGCUUAUCUCAACCCUCCUCUUCCAAAAGCUGUUCUCCGGUCUCCCCCCCCCAUCUAGUACUAGAUACGCAGGUUAAACUGACGAUGGGCAGUCUCGCUUGUUAUCUACGAAGCGUUUGCUGUAGAUUUCGAGUUUUUUUUGUUAGCCAGCUACAUUAGCUAAACGUUUUAACCAUAUUUAAUUUCGUCCUGCACUUAGUCGCCUGUUUUUUUUCUCCUUCAAGAUUUGAAGUCCGUCGCUUCGGAAUUUCGAAACGCGUCUCGUAGAUAGAAAAACCGACGCGUGUUUUGUAGGACAUAAGAAAUCACUUAAAAACCUUGGAAGAGACAAUCGGCAGUAGUUUCGGUGAAGACCGGAGCAAAAAAGGAAAAGGAGAGCGAGAGAAAGGGGGAUAAUAUACCUCCUAGUUAUUAGGUACGGGAGCGAAGUUCCCGAGUCGGUGGAGGCGCCGUUUAAAGGGAACCGGGAGCAUCUGCACUUCUCCGUAGGACCCAUUAGAGCUCGGCCAAAGCAAGACGGCACUUCACACGUUUUAUCUGUGAUGAAUAAUUAAUAAUCUACAUUUUAUAUCCGGAGGCCUUUCCUUGGAUUGAAGUCAAAUAUACGCUUUUCAGACUGUCCCAGUGUCGCUGACUGCGCUGCUCACAGAUUGAUCUGCAUUUCCAUAUCCAUGUGGAUGUACUUUAUUUUUUAUUUUUUCAAGUACUAAUUCGAGUAACCCACUCGGUAACACUUUUUUGCGAAGCACUGUUUGAUUUUUUCCAGCUGCUCAAAAAUACUCUGCGCGCCCAAGCGGACUUGCUGUGCCAGACGGUCCAUCAUGGUGACCAGUCAGAGCUUAUUUGUGUUAUUGGGACAUUAAAACACCCGACAUGGACUGUUGGGCAUUUUGGAAAAUGUAGGCGUAUAGUUACUUUUUCCCGACUGCCGACUUGACUUGGUAAUAAUGUAAUGAGAGAGGGGAGGGUGAAGAGAGCUGCCGAUAAACAGAAGGAUUUGAGUAAUACUGCAGUUUGCUGGGGAUUCACACGGAUACGCGGAUUACAGCGUUUCUACACGGAGGCCGAUCGUCUAGCUGUGCCAUGCGCUUACAUGAGCCUCGUUUCUCCGCCCGGAGCUCGGCUGUACGUUACGGCGUCAGUGAAUGAUCUCGGAUCGCCCGGCUUGAGCGAGGGGCGACUGGGGAAAGCGAAAACUUUACGGGAAAGCCGCACGUCGCCGCGGAGCCGGAGCGCAGCCAUGGCCACGGCGGUGCUGGCGCUGGGGAUCUGCGCCGUCUUGCUGCUCAGCCCUGUCGCGGCUGCUCAGAGCGAAGAGCGCGAGUGCGCCUACUACGACCCGCAGCAGCAGCUGGACGAGCAGCACGUUGGCGGCGACAUCCAGGCCUGGAGGGAGAACACCACGGUGCGCUGUGCCAAGGGCAGCCAUUGCUACGGCCUCUGGGGGAAGGCCCGCGAUGGAGACAUUCGAUUGGUCAAGCAAGGCUGCUGGACCCACAUCGGCGACCAGCGCGAGUGCCACAAUCACCGCUGUGUGGUGACGGCUACGCCCCCCGCCAUGCAGAACGGCACCUACCGCUUCUGCUGCUGCAGCGGCAACAUGUGCAACGUCAACUUUACGGAGAACUUCCCGCCGCCCAGCCCGACCAGCGCCCAGCCGCUCUACCCAAAGCAGCUGCACCGGGAGGAGGCCAUCGUCAUCGCCCUGGCGUGCGUCUCCGUCCUGGCAGUCCUCAUCGUGGCGCUCUUCUUCGGCUAUCGCAUGCUGACAGGAGACCGGAAACAGGGUCUGCACAACGCGGAUGAGAUGGAGGCAGCUGCUUCAGAGCCCUCGUUGGACCUGGAUAGCCUGAAGCUUCUCGAGCUGAUUGGCCGAGGCCGGUAUGGCUCGGUCUACAAGGGCUCUCUGGACGAGCACCCCGUGGCAGUCAAAGUGUUUACCUACGCCAAUCGGCAGAACUUUGUCAAUGAGCGCACCAUAUACCGGCUCCCCCUGAUGGAGCAUGACAAUAUUGCACGCUUCAUUGUGGCUGACGAGCGGCUGACCACGGAUGGGCGGAUGGAGUACCUGCUGGUGAUGGAGUACUAUCCCCAUGGCUCUCUGUGCCGAUACCUGAGUCUGCAGACAGGGGACUGGGUGAGCUGCUGCCGCCUGGCCCACUCGGUGACGCGGGGCUUGGCCUACCUGCACACGGAGCUGCUGCGCACAGACCUGUACAAGCCGGCGGUGUCCCACCGUGACCUCAACAGCAGGAACGUCCUGGUGAAGAGCGACACCACAUGCGUCAUCAGCGACUUCGGCCUGUCCAUGAAGCUGACGGGGAACCGGCUGGUGCGUCCCGGCGAGGAGGAGAACGCUGCCAUCAGCGAGGUGGGCACCAUCCGCUACAUGGCCCCCGAAGUCCUGGAGGGGGCGGUGAACCUGCGGGACUGUGAGUCAGCCCUCAAGCAGGUGGACAUGUACGCCCUCGGCCUUAUUUACUGGGAGACCUUCAUGCGCUGCACCGACCUCUUCCCCGGUGAAGCGGUCCCGGAGUACCAGAUGGCCUUCCAGGCCGAGGCAGGAAACCACCCGUCCUUCGAGGACAUGCAGGUGCUGGUGUCCCGAGAAAAGCAGCGGCCAAAGUUCCCUGAGGCCUGGAAGGAGAACAGCCUGGCGGUACGCUCCCUGAAGGAGACGAUGGAGGACUGCUGGGACCAGGACGCGGAGGCGCGUCUCACGGCCCAGUGCGCCGAGGAGCGCUUGGCGGAGCUGCUGCUCAUCUGGGACCGGAACAAGUCCGUCAGCCCCACCGUGAACCCCGCGGUCAAUCCGGCAGUGAACCCCACAAGCACGGCGCUGCAGAAUGAGAGGAACUUGUCUCACAGCCGGCGGGCACCCAAGAUGGGGCCCUAUCCCGAAUACUCGUCGUCCUCCUACAUCGAGGACCACGAGGGCGGCGUGGUGAAGAACCUUCCCGGCGAGGGCUCCACUGUGGGCAGCGGCUCGGCCGGCCUGCCUGGCGGCAGCGAGAAGAACCGUAACUCCAUCAAUUACGAACGGCAGCAGGCUCAGGCCCGGCUGCCCAGCCCUGAGACCAGCGGUACCAGCCUGUCCAAUGCGACGGGCAGCAGCACCACGGCGAUGGGGCUCACACCCGGCACCGUCAUGACGACCAUCUCAGAAUCGGGGUACCCAGAAGAUGGGUUGGCCGUGACGACAGGGGCGACUGCGGUCCCUGUGUGCCUGCAACUUACAGAGGAAGACCUAAAGACUACCAAGCUGGACCCAAAGGAGGUGGACAAGAACCUGAAGGAGAGUUCGGAUGAGAACCUAAUGGAGCACUCGCUGAAGCAGUUCUGCGCCCCCGACCCGCUCAGCUCGGGGAGUUCCAGCCUCCUGUACCCUCUCAUCAAGCUGGCUGCCGAGGUCACCGGGGCCGCGGGUUCGGGGGCCAUGGGACAGGCGGAGUUUGGGAUGGGAGUGGGUGAAGCCCAGCCCCCCGUAUUCCCCCUGCCCAAGCAGCAGAACCUCCCCAAGAGGCCCAGCAGCCUGCCUCUGGGCUCCAAAACCCCCAGCAAGGAGCCGUCCUCACUGCGGCUGAAGUUCGGCAAGCACAGCAAAUCCAACCUGAAGCAGGUGGAAACAGGAGUGGCCAAGAUGAACGCCGUCACUGCCGGAGAGCCCCACCUGGCCACCGUCGCCAUCAACGGGCCGGCUUCUCGCGUGGGUGGCGUCGGUGCGGCCGACGGGUACACAGGGCCGGCCUCAUCGCCUGUCGGUGGCUCCUACGGGAACACCAGCCUGGCUGGGCCCAAGAUGGAUGGCCAGGUGCCGCUGCUGCAGACCCAGCUGAGCGGGGAAGAUGGCCGCCUGAACUCCAGCCCGGACGAGCACGAGCCCCUGCUCCGGAGGGAGCAGCCAGCCGCUCGGGAGCAACGCAUCCUGGACCGGCUGGCGGACCAUCACCAUCUGGCAGGCCGCACCAACUCCAACAACAACAACAGCAACAACAACGCCCACAACGGUGAUGGAAACGGCAACAGGACCGUCGCUGCGGCCUGCCCCCCCGCAGACCUGCCCGCGGCAUCGCAGGUUUCCGCCCCCACAGCCCCAGGACCUCAGGAGCAGGCCUCAUUACGGCCGGAGCGGCCCAGGAGAGCCGAACGGCCCAACUCCCUAGACCUGUCUGCCUCCCCCCUCGAGUGCUACUCCCUGACGGGCGACGGGGUGCCACAGGACGGGAGAGCUGGAUCAGGAGAGAAGAUUAAGAGACGCGUGAAGACACCUUACUCGCUGAAAAGCUGGCGGCCAUCCACCUGGGCGGUCUCCAGCAGCACCCUGGACGGGGAGGUCUACACCAACGGCGGAAGCGUGCAAUGCGACCACAUCCAGCAGCAGAACAGGAGCCGGCCUGGCACCGGCAGGUCUAAAUCAAGCACCGCUGUUUUCCUGGUAGGUGGGGGCACUGGCACCUCCACUGCGGCCCUGGCCUCCGACCCAACCAGCAUGACCUGCCUGUGAACUAUGGCCGACCAGGGGUGAGGGUUAAGAAGAUGGGGCUCAUCAAAGAAGAGCACGGUGGAGAUUCGUCCUUUCCCCAAAACCGACGCGGUUCAAUUUGUGUUUCGAAAAGUUGUUUAUUGAAAAGAACAGACUUAAAAACAGCAGAUAAGCGCUUAAUUUCGUAUUUUCCCUUCUCGUCGUUCUUCAACUGCUUUAAACAGAACUAAGCUAUGCAGCAGAGCUCGCAUCAAAGGCUUUUCCUUGUAUACGUCAUUUCACGUCCAUCUUUCUGUGUCUGUGUACGUCUGAAAAAUUUAUUUUGUUGCACUUUUCUGAAAGAGUUCUUAAUCGCACGGUUAAAUCUGUCUCUCCUUUCACCACACAAAAAAGUGGUCUUAAAAAAAAAAUCGAAGCGGGGGGGGGGGGGAGUACAAUCGUAACCAUGUGUUGAUUUUACAAUCAGUCAGCCACCCAUUUUAAUCGCAGUUCAUGUGUGAAACAAUCUAACAGAAAGAGUGGUGGACUUUAACACAGGGUUGCCUGCUAUGACUUACCCCCACUGAUUUGUUAAUUUUAUGCAAAGUAGAUUUAUUUGUAUGUUUUAAUAUAUGUUUACUUGUCCUGUUUAAUGUCUCUGUAUCCAUUUUGUAUAUUUUAAGAUGUGCAAUAGGCUUUAGCUUUGAGCUACAGUUUUAUUUUAAAUGCUUUUUUAAAUAUUUGCAGCUUUUUUGAUGUUGUAAGCGGUGCACUUGUAGACAGCACUUGGCCUGGGUUUAGUCAUAUCCGCCCUCUUUUGAGAGACAAUCGUCCAUCUCCAGAGUCGGCUCGCAGUUGGAAGGAACGGAAACAAAAUGGUCUCCGUGAUGGAGGGAGCUGCUUCUCUGUUACGUUUCACCUCCUAGACUGAAGCGGAAGGUAAACGGCCAAGAGGCGACGCCAACGACCACAUCGGAGACGAGAUGCUUGAGUUUGUGAGAAAAACUGGAUCUUUGUCAUGGAAAAAGAAAGACACCACAACCUUGUUACUUCAGUCAAAGUUGUAUGGCAGUUUUGUUUUUUUGGGUUUUUUUUUAUUGUUUUCCUGAGAGAAUGUCUGGACACAGCUCCAGCACGCGAUUUGGCCGCCAGCUUCUGCCGUCUCCUUUCUGUGCAGCUUGUACCCUUGAACCCUGGGCUCUGUCUGUGCUGUGGGGGAGAGGGGGGGGGGGGUACAAUAGAAUGAGGCUCCAUGGGGAGUGAUGAGAAAUGGGUCACACUAGUAAUGAUUUCCUAGUGAUCCUGUCACAGAGCCCUGAACACUAUGUGUAUUGAGUUGAAUUUACACUGUGGUCAUGCGCACUUACAUAUAAGAUUUGUGUGCGCGCAUGAAUGCAUAUGCGCAUUCAUGUGCAGUAUAUAUACACAGCCUGACCGUUCAUUUUGUGAUUAUCCGAAAUACAACUCUUACUUGGGACAAAAAGAGUUUGGUACUAUGUGAAGAAAAUAUGCAUUUUCUCCUUCAGAUUUAAGCAGCUAUAUUUCCUUUUGCUACUGGGAAGGAAUUCAGCCCUCAUAUCUGUAUGGUCUGUGUAGCACAUGACUCUACAGAGAGACUGGUUGGAAAUGACUAGGGGGCGAAGCCAGGGCCAAAAUGUAUGAUGUCGUCAUUAUUGCUAUAUUCUCUUCUUUUUGCUGGUUAUCGAUUUCAGUUUUCCAAAUGAACGUUUUAAGUGAAUGCUGUCUUCAGUGAAUGGUGUUCCAUGUAGCCUGUAUAUUUUAUUACAGUAUAAUGUUAUGCUGUCAUUUUGUCUUCAUUUUUUAAGUUCUCGAAUGUGUUACCUGGAAGCUAUAGGUUUACCCUAACCCCUUCCUUGUGGCAGAUUUGAGACACCCUACUUUUAUUUUAAUACUGAAGUUGACAUUACAGAGAUUUCUGCUGUUCUCCAUCAGAAUUUUUAAGUUACGUCCCUUCCGUGUCUCACAGACGUAAUCGUGACACUGUUUGUGUUCCACGAUCGCGCACGGUGCUUUUGCGCACUUGCGGUUUUCUGUGGAGAGGCGUGAUUGCUCAGUGUGAUAUGUAAGCCCAACGCAUUGAGAAGCGCGAGGAGUGUUUCCAAACUAUGGCACAGUGAGAGGUGGAAAGUUCAGGUCCAGAAAGUAGAAAAUCUGACCAUGAUUUAGUUUCAACCAACCCUUUGUGUAUGAAGAGUCAGUCUCAGACUACUCAACUGGUCGGCUAAUGGAACUGAACUUCACACCUCUGGGCACAGCGAAAAGCCCUCUAUACUAAUACCAGCGCUAGUCACAAGCCUAAGGAAAUCCCAGAAGCUGCCUCGCUUUACCUAUCUGCACGUUUUAUCGUAACCAUUUCUGUAGGAUGUAGUAUAUUUCAUUAAUUGAAAGUCGAAAAAGUUGAAUUCGAAAAGUUUCUAAAGACGUAAGCUUUGCACAAGUUAACUUUGCUAGUUAAAGCUUGUGUUCGCCCCGCUCUCGUCUUUCUCCUGAAAGGUACACACUCUUUCAUUUCUGUAUGUAUGUAAAAUACACUCACCUUUAUGUAAAUAUUGUUUGUACAUAACUUUUUCCAUAUAUGCAUAUAUAGAUGAACAAUCCUUCAGCUAUAUAUUCAGCAUGAAAUUACCAAUGAGGUACUGAUAUGGAGCCACGAAGGACGUCGGUAUCGCGACAUUUGACUUGGAGAUUAGAAUCGUACAGUCGUGCAGUUCAGUAAGGACACCGAUAUAUUCAUUUGCCAGUUUUUGCUGUCAAAAGUAUAAGCUAAGAAGAAAUUCUAGGUAUCCUGUUAUUUGUGAAUGUUCGGGCUGGAAAUGAACUAAAACGUGGUGUCCUGUUACAAGCUGAAGCGAGGGUCUUAACCUGACAAAAAGGACCAGUUCUUUGUUAUACCCAUACCGAAACCAUGCUGUUCAUUUGUAACGAAAAUUGACCUCUGUUUACAACUACAACUGUGUUACAUUUAAGGAGAGUGGGUUUAUGUUACAGUUGGAAGCAAGUUAAAAUCGUAAAUCUGUUCAUAAAUCUCGGAUCUUUUAUUUUUACAUACAAUACGUGCACAUAAAAAUUCAUUAACUAUUUGCUAUGACUUGUCAAUAGAUCACAACUUACUCUUAAAUUUUAACAUCGGCACACAACGUAUUAGAGGUCAGCUAAGACCACGUGAUGAUAUUCUAAAACUGUUUUUAAAAAACAACAAUCAUAUUAGGUUAAUUGCGUUUUUUUAAUAAAAGCACACGAUGCCGUACAUGUAUUUCAGUGUGGAGAGUGUGAAAAGCUCAGCUGCGGUUACUUUGCAAUUCUUGUUGAAACUUGAAGGCGACGUGUGACAUCUGGCCCUACAUCAGAGUUGCUGAAACAGAAAUGCCACUGAAAUGUUUUUUUUUUUAUUAAAGCUUGUAUGAAAUAAGACGAGGAUGAACAAAUGACGACAUGCGAUUAUUCUGCUCAGAAGUAUACUUGUUUAAAAUGACAUUUACAUGAGACUGCUUGCUGUAAACCCAUGCAUUAAUCAGUUGAUUAAAGAUACUGCUGGAAAAAAA